GAUUGGUCCGAGAAAGGGGGCGUGGUAGUCCCAUGUCUUCUCUAUCCCUAAUCUCUCCCCCAAAACAACAACAACAACAAAAUCCCUAGGUUUAGCUUUUUUCACAAAUUAUUAUUACAAGCUCAUCUAGUAUUCCUACCACAUUAAUAUUUUUUGGCCAAGAAUUGUACAUAGCCAUGGCUACAAAUCGGAAGUUCAAAGAAGCUGUUAAAAGCAUGAGCAUGCAAGACAUGUUAGUGCAAUUCCUGUUCAGCAUGUGACUGAUCCUGUGCCUGCUCCUAGUUAAGGCUAACGUGACCAUCUCCGCCAUGACUCAGGCAGAAGCCAACAGUGAUUACCAGAUUAAUAUUGAUGUGCUUUCUCGAGAGAUCAUUAUCACUUUUGCUCAAUCAAAGGAGCAGAAGAAAGCUGAUAAAAAAACGAACAAGGACGACUGCCCAGAGCACUGCAUAUCAGAACUGCCGAAGUGCUUAACGGAAAUUCGACUGAAACUCAAUUUUGAUGUGGAGGUGAAACUCAAUGCCAAAUUAGAAGUGACUGGGAUCAUUUAUUCUGGCGAGAAAGAGCUCCUUAGACCAGGUCACCCAAGAUUCCCUAAGGGUCUAAAAAUUAAUUUUGACAACGGUCCAAUCAGAGCCUCUGGAUGAUUCCAUGUAAGACCCACAACCGAUUGAAAAAAGUAGCUGCUUCCAAUCAACCCCCAAAACCUAUGGCAAGCGCCUAGUCAUCGAAAGCAAAAGCCCCCAGAUCCGUCCUCGAUCAAACACAGUCAGUGGCAGCAGCGCCCCAAGCCCAAACAACACUGGCCCAAACAGCCCCUCGACUAGUCGGAUCGUAUUUGUUUACCCAGGCAGCCGCCCUCGAACACAAUCCUUCUCUACCCCACCGAGCAGCUCAUCACCUCUGAGCCGUCCUCCAAUUCGACCCUCGGCCACACCAAGCCCGCAGCCACUAGUCACCAUUCGUCCUCGCACCACAUCAGUCGGAUCUAGUCCUCUCCUGAUUCAAACUGUAGACGGCCAGCAACGAGUGAUCCGUGUCGUGCACCGGUCUGGACAACCCCAACAAGAACACCCUCCAGUUAUGAAGAAGUGAGCAGACUAAAAGUUAAACAGUAAAUUAUAUGUAAUAUAUAUUAUGGUGAUUAAAUAUUAUAUUAUUUUUAUAUUACAUAAUUAUUGUAUAAUAAAAUUAUUUACUGAUAUUUAUUAAUUAUUAAAAGAAAUCAAUAUAUUGUAUAAAUUUUGCACAAUUUUAAAAUUAUGUCCAACUGUUGUUAUAAUUUUUUGAGAGAGUUUAUAAACUGCAAGACAAUAAAAUUUUUUGUUGCUUUAUUACUAAA